AUGACUGGUCAUAAACGUAGCAACCAUAGAAGCUGUCCCAUGAACCCAAAGAAUUGUACUCUUUUCAUCUCUCAAAAGAGAACAAGCAAUGUUGUCUCUACUGAAGUGGAAUAUCCUGCAGAGAGCACUACUAAUAUGAGAGUGAGAAGAGAAUCUCCUGAAGAUCAAGUAGUGCUUCAAGAGACCACAAGUUCUGUGAUUCCUGAAACAUUGAUUGAGAAGCCUACCAUAGCAGAAGCUCAGGAUAUUAUUUCUGAAAUUGAAUCUGAGGAAAUUGAAUCUGAGGAAAAUGAUACUGUGGACACUGAUAUUGAACCUUCUGAUGAUUCCGAAGAAUCUGAUAAUGACAAAGAAGAGAUAGUUGUGCCUGCUGCAAUUGUUAGAUUUUGCCCAAUAUGUCACAGAGAGAGCUAUUGUUGUAAUACAAACAGACUGUGUCCUUUCAAUUCCAGAUAUAUUAGGAAUGACUCCAGUAAUCAACGUUUGGCUACAGAGAAUAUUGUCUGA